AUGUUGAUCGGCCACCGGGACAAUUCGGAACUACUGCCAUCUCGGGGAACAAAUGUUCGUCAGGGAGAUGAACAAAUGAUUCCUCUUUUUGAUCCAUCGAAGGACGAUUUGGUGGUCGAGAAAUGGAUGGAACGUGUGGAUGGAUUGGCAGAACAAUUUGACUGGGAUGAUCGAUCAAUAUUGAGAUUGAUCGCGUCUCGAUUACGUGGACACGCUAGACAAUGGUAUGACACAGGUUUACAAGUCACCACAACAUGGACCGAAACAAAAGCAGGAAUGAUCCAGCAAUUUCGUAAGUCCGUUCCUUUCUUAAAGUUAUUUAAAGAAGCUGCAUUGUACAAAGCUAGCCCGGGACAAUCGUUAAGAGACUAUUGUUUCCAAAAGUUAAAUAAAAUACGGAACCUUGAUAUUGUCAUUCGAGAGGAGUACCAAAUUGAUAUGGUAAUCGAUGGGAUCAAGGACGAUAAUAUCGCGAGAACGGCCCGGGCUGCUAGACAAACGCAUACGAAGACACCUUUCAAUGAGACUCUCACGAGAGAACUAACUCGGCAGCCAAACGAGAACCGACCGCUAAAAGCCUCUCUUGUGUUUAUACGAGGCCCUAUCGCAUCUUUAUAUAAACAGUUAGCCGAAUUCUACGAGGCAAUAUGCGUAAUAAAAAUUCAACACUUCUCUCCAUCAGAAUAA